CGCGUGUGAGCUUUGAUCUCCGGCGGGAGAACCAGCCGCGUGUCCGGUGCCACCCGGAGUCCCAGCAGCCCGGGGCGUGCAGAAGCAGCCGUGUACCCACGAACAAACCUGCCCCUGGAGUACGGUGCGGCGGCUUCCGUAGCUGCCCCUGGCGCCCCCCGGGCGGCCAUGCCUCAGCACUCGGUGGGGGACAAGCCCUUGGUCUCCGUGCCGCAGCUGGUCUUCCCAAGCCCACCCUCGGCCACGGACGGCGGGUGCGGCCACACGCCCUCCGGCAGGCGGGCGUCCCUCGGCUCGCCCCUGAGCCACGGCGCCCUGUGUUCCGCCGCACACAGCCCCCUGGACUCCUGCAGCCAGCCGCUGUGCCUGCCGCACGCUGAGAAGCAUGGCCCCCGGGCCGCCCCCCAGAUGCACUACGUGUCGGCUGGGCCACAGAGCGUGGUGUGUGGCUGGCGGGCCUUCGCGCCCAAGUGCCUGCAGGCCUUCAACACGCCCAGGGGCUUCCUGGUCUUCCUGUGCGCGGCGGCCUUCCUGCAGGGCAUGACCGUGAACGGCUUCAUCAACACGGUCAUCACGUCCAUCGAGCGCCGCUACGACCUGCACAGCUACCAGAGCGGCCUCAUCGCCAGCGCCUACGACGUGGCCGCCUGCCUGUGUCUCACCUUUGUCAGCUAUUUCGGGGGCAAUGGACACAAGCCCCGCUGGCUGGGCCGGGGCGUGCUGGUCAUGGGCGCCGGCUCGCUGGUGUUCGCGCUGCCGCACUUCACCGCGGGCGCCUAUGAGGUGGAGGGCGCCGAGGGCGUCGGGACGUGCGGGGCCAACCGCAGCGUGGCAUGCAGGGACAGUGCCUCGGGCCUGUCCGGCUACCGGCUGGUCUUCAUGCUGGGCCAGUUCCUGCACGGCGUCGGCGCCACGCCCCUCUACACGUUGGGCGUCACCUUCCUGGACGAGAACGUCAAGUCCAGCUACUCACCUGUCUACAUCGCCGUCUUCUACACGGCAGCCAUCCUCGGCCCCGCCGCCGGUUACCUGCUCGGAGGCGCCCUGCUCAACAUUUACACAGAAGUCGGCCGCCAGACGGAGCUGACCACCGAGAGCCCGCUGUGGGUCGGCGCCUGGUGGGUGGGUUUCCUGGGCGCGGGAGCUGCCGCCUUCCUCAUUGCCAUCCCCAUCCUCGGCUACCCCCGGCAGCUGCCAGGCUCCCAACGCUACGUGGUGAUGAGAGUGUCGGAAACACAGCAGCUAAAGGACAGCGGUCACAAGGAGGCCAGCAACCCCGACUUCGGGAAAACCAUCAGAGAUCUGCCCCUCUCCAUCUGGCUCCUCCUGAAAAACCCCACAUUCAUCUUGCUCUGUCUGGCCGGGGCCACGGAGGCCACGCUCAUCGCCGGCAUGUCCACCUUUGGCCCCAAGUUCCUGGAGUCCCAGUUCAGCCUGAGCGCCUCAGAAGCUGCCACCUUGUUUGGGUACCUGGUGGUGCCGGCGGGCGGUGGCGGAACGUUUCUGGGCGGCUUCCUCGUGAACAAGUUCAAGCUCCGUGGCUCGGGCAUCGUAUUGUGUCUGCUCUGCACCCUGAGCAGCCUGCUGGCCGUCUUCGUGUUCUUCAUCCACUGCCCCAACGUGCCCAUGGCGGGCGUGACGGCCAACUACAGCGGCAGCAUUCCUGCGCUGACGGCAACGUUACGGUGUGUCUGUGACCGGCAGAGAUCCUUUGCACUGGGAAUCCAGUGGAUUGUGGUCAGAACUCUAGGGGGCAUCCCAGGGCCCAUCGCCUUUGGCUGGGUGAUUGACAAGGCGUGCCUGCUCUGGCAGGACCAGUGUGGCCAGCAGGGCUCCUGCUUCGUGUACCAGAACUCGGCCAUGAGCCGGUACAUGCUUAUAUCCGGGCUGGUGUACAAGGGCCGGAGGUUNGCCUGCAACGCCCAGUGUGCCUGCGGGCCCGAGCAGUACAGCCCCGUGUGCGGCUCCGACGGCCUCACGUACUACUCUCCCUGCCACGCGGGCUGCCACGGGGAGGCUGCGCCUGGCACGGGCGGCCAGAAGGUGUACCGAGACUGUAGCUGUGUCCCUCAGAAUUUUUCCUCUGGUUUUGGCCAUGCUACUGCAGGGAAAUGCACUUCAACUUGUCAAAGAAAGCCCCUCCUUCUGGUUUUCAUAUUCGUUGUAAUUCUCUUUACAUUCCUCAGCAGCAUUCCUGCGCUGACGGCAACGUUACGGUGUGUCUGUGACCGGCAGAGAUCCUUUGCACUGGGAAUCCAGUGGAUUGUGGUCAGAACUCUAGGGGGCAUCCCAGGGCCCAUCGCCUUUGGCUGGGUGAUUGACAAGGCGUGCCUGCUCUGGCAGGACCAGUGUGGCCAGCAGGGCUCCUGCUUCGUGUACCAGAACUCGGCCAUGAGCCGGUACAUGCUUAUAUCCGGGCUGGUGUACAAGGUGCUGGGUUUCCUAUUCUUUGCCAUCGCCUGCCUCCUGUACAAACCGCCCUCGGAGUCUCCCAACAGACUGGAAGCUUCUCUGCCCAGCCAGUCCUCGGCCUCAGACACCCCCAUGGACCUCCGGGAUGCCCCCACAGCCCUCCAGCUCCAGAGUGACGUCUGACGGCCCUUCCGUCCACCAGGGGCACUUCCUGAGACUCUGUCUGAUUUCUUCCCAGAAGGGCUGACCCCUCACCGGUUGAUACCCCGUGCUGAAGACGCUCCAGAAAUCCCCCAUUGGAUCCGAGGGUCUUGAGCGGGUGGAGGACGCACGUGGGUCUCAGACACCAGGGAGGGAGAGAGCAAGGCACAUCGACAAUGGGUGCAGCUCCCUCCUGGCCCCUGGGGACCAGGGUGAUGGUCUCUCCGGCUCAGGAAGCACGAGGCCUAGCUGCCGUUCCCUUCCUGCUUCACACUCCAUGAAUGGACAUAGCCACACAGCACUGAAUUCUCCUUGGGGGCCAAGAGCCCUGGACGCAUUAACAGCUGUGCUUUUAAAACGAACUAUGCAAUCUUGAUGGUGCUGUUAGUGCUAGAAAGUGCAAAGCUGCCUGCAGGCCUGGGUGUGGAGCCCGCAGCUCCCGGGAGGCCUGUCGGUUACCGUCCUGCCCGGGAGCCUGGGGAGGGCCCGCCA